AUGGGCGGUAUCGCUAAGGACCGCGUCGAGCAGCAGCGCUCCGCCGCGUCUUCUCGUCCAUCCACCAACAUGACUCCCAGCAAGGCCAGCAGCUCCGAGGCCUCUACCGGCGGCGGUCCAUCCCACUCGCCGCAGUCGUCUCGCGGCGGCGCCCGUGCACAUGGCUAUGGCAUGGGCGGCUUCGACGGUAACGCCGAUCCCGGUGACCAAUCUCUCGCUCGCGACCCAGGUCGUUCCCGGCCCUUCGUCCAGAACAAGAAUCUUGACCUCGGUGUUGUCGGCUGGAAUACUGUGCGAGGCCAGGAUGCUCUCUCUGUCCUCCCUUCACGUCCUCCACCAUCCAAGCUCGGCCAAGCCACCAAGAUUGGCUUGAACACCUUCCACGUCACCGCCUUCCCCGACGUCCCAAUCUACCAGUUCGACGUCCUUAUCGGCAGCGGCUCCGAGAAGCGUGGUGUCAUUAAGAAGGUCUGGGAGUCAAAGGCAGUUCAAGAUGCUGUCGGUGACUUCACCAUCUUUGACGGCAACAAGCUUGCAUGGUCGGGCAAGAAGAUCGAUCGCGAGGUUCGGCUCGUAGUCGACCUCGAUGUCGAGCAGGGCAGGACGCCUAAGGAGGGCAAGCCUGCUGACCAGCACCGGGUCGUUAUUCGUCAGACCAACAAGGUCGCCUUCCAGUCUUUGCGAGCUUAUCUUGAGGGCAAGAAGUCAUUCGACAACGCCUGUCUUGAGACCAUCAACUUCGCUGAUCACCUUCUACGUCACACUCCGUCUCAGCGCUACUCAUCCAUCAAGCGCGCUUUCUUCAAGCACGGCGAGGACCGCUUUCACCUCACUGGUGGUAUCGAGGCCUUUAAGGGUGUCUACCAGUCCCUCCGCGUUGCCCACCCUGGCCAUCUCUCUGUCAACCUUGAUGUUGCAAACGGCACUUUCUGGGUCAAGCAACCCUUCCACCUCGCUGCUGCCCAGGUCUGCGGAGCGCGCGACCCAUCUGACUUGGUCGGCUUGCUUUCCAAGGGCGAGAACGGCCGCGCCGGCAAAGAACUGAAGAAGAUGCGUAAGAUGCGUGUACUCGCCUACCAUCGUGACCAGAACAACCCAGACGAAUACGUCAUUGAUCGCUUCCUUUACAAGUCUGCUAAGGAGCACAAAGUCCAGAUCCAUGACCCACAGGGCAAGGAGGUUGAGACCACUCUCUACGACUACUUCGCUAGGAAGUAUAAGCGUCUCCUCCAGUACGCCGGCCUCCCUCUCUGCAAGAUGACCAAGGGCAAGAAUACUGUCCUUCCUAUGGAGUGCCUUAUGGUCAAGGGGAAUCAGCGUUACGCCUACAAGAUGGAUGAGCGUCAGACUUCAAAUAUGAUCAAGUUCGCAGUCACGCCGCCAGCCGAGCGCUACCAAGCAAUCCAGCAUGGCCUUAAUAUGCUGUCCUGGGACUCGGAUCCAAUGCUUAAAAAGUAUGGCCUCAAGAUCAACCCCACCAAGAGUGUUGCAGAUGCUCGUCUUCUUCUAGCACCCACUGUCAAGUUCGGAAUGGGUGACGCGAAGCCAGGCACUAGUGGCAGGUGGGAUUUGAAGGGCAAGAAGUUCCUACAGACUAAUACUAGCCCGCUCAAGAGCUGGGCGGUCUGCGUCGUGUCCGGCCGUCGUGGUGGCAAGCCUGAGAAGGCCGUCGUCGAGGAGUUCAUCAAAGCCUUUGUCACCGGCUACACUAACCACGGUGGCAAGAUCGAGAACAAGCAGCCAGCCAUGAGCUUGGCCCAAUCUGACGAUGUGGGCGCCUGGGUCACCGCCGCUUGGAACGCAGCUGGCAACCAGUCUUCGUCGCGCCCGCAGAUCCUCUUCUUCAUCCUCCCAGACAAGGACUCGACAGUCUACGGUCGCAUCAAGCGUUCUUGCGAGUGCCGCUACGGUGUGGUCUCGCAGUGCGUGCAGUACUCUCAAGCGCAGAAGAAGGCUCCGCAGUACAUCUCGAACGUUUGCAUGAAGUUCAACGCGAAGCUUGGUGGCAUCACAUGCCGUGCUAUCGGCGCGAAGACUGGUGGUUCCGCGGGCAUCUUCCAGAACCCUACCAUGAUCAUCGGCGCUGAUGUGUCGCACGCCGCUCCAGGUCAGCAGACUCCCUCCAUGGCUGCUAUCACCAUGUCCAUGGACAAGCUCGCCACUCGCUACGCCGCUCACUGCCAGACGAAUGGCUUCCGCAUUGAGAUGAUCAACACGGACGUCAUCAACGAGCUGAAGUCGAACAUUUCACUUUGGAUGCAGACUGUCGGUGGUGGCAAGGUCCCGCAGACCAUCAUCUACAUGCGUGACGGCGUUUCUGAGGUCCAGUACCAGCACGUCCUCCAGCAAGAAGUCAAUGACAUGAAGAACCUCCUCAAGGGCGCCGACCCAUCCGGCAGCACCAAGUUUGUGGUCGUGAUCGGUUCGAAGCGCCACCACAUCCGCUUCUUCCCCGAGCAGGGCAAGGGUGAUCGCAACGGCAACGCUCAUCCCGGCACCCUUGUCGAGACGCACGUCACCAAUCCGUAUGAGAACGACUUCUACCUGCAGUCCCAUGCCGCGAUCAAGGGCACUGCUCGUCCUUGCCAUUACUACGUGCUCAUGAACGAGACCAGCAUGUCCAACGAGAUGCUACAGACGCUGAUCUACGAGCACUCCUACCAGUACGCUCGCGCGUCCACCCCCAUCUCGCAGCAUCCCGCAAUCUACUACGCCCAUCUUGCUUCCAACCGUGCGAUCCCGCACGAUCCGAAGUGGGCUGGCAGCACUGCUGACGCUCCUCACUCACUCAAGAAGGGCAUGCCACCACCAGGCAGUGGCUCUCAGGGUGGAUCCAAGGGUCCUGGUGGAUCGCAAGGUCAGAAGGAUCGCACUGGCUCUUCUUCCGGCAUCCCGACCGACUUUGAGAAGCUGAUGCCAAUGCCCAACCAGGGCGGCAUCAACGCCUCGAUGUGGUACAUCUAA